AUGAGAAGCGACAUGGCGUAUCGGGGGCUGUCGCAGCACGUGGAGCUGGACAGGGCGGCCGACCCGAGCGACCGAUACACUCUAGAGGAUCUCAUAGGCGAAGGCACCUACGGAGAAGUGUACAGCGCGAGAGAUAAAGGAUCCGGGAAGCGCGUUGCAGUCAAGAUUUUGGAAAAUAUCACUGAAAAUAUAGAAGAAAUCGAAGAAGAAUUCCUAGUCUUUCGCGAUUUAUCUAGUCAUCCCAAUAUUCCAGAAUUCUUCGGAUUAUAUUUAAAGCGCGGAAUCUCUUCUGAAGACGACCAAAUAUGGUUUGUCAUGGAACUCUGCACCGGGGGCUCUGUGACCGAUCUGAGCGCCGGGAUGCGAGCCCGCGGCGGUGGCCUGACGGAGCCGCAGCUCGCCUACGUGCUGCGCGGCACUAUGCGCGCCCUGACCCAUCUCCACGCGCAUCGGUGCAUGCACCGCGACGUCAAGGGCCACAACAUCUUACUGACUGAGAACGCCGAAGUUAAACUAGUAGACUUCGGAGUGUCCUCCCACUUGGCGGCCACCAUCGCCAGGAGAAACACCUCGGUGGGGACUCCGUAUUGGAUGGCGCCCGAGGUCAUAGCGUGCGAACAGCAAUUGGACCAGUCGUACGAUUGCCGCUGCGACAUAUGGUCCGUCGGCAUAACGGCGAUAGAACUAGCCGAAGGGGAACCGCCGCUCUCCGGUCUCCACCCCAUGAGGGCCUUAUUUCAAAUCCCCAGAAACCCGCCACCCGCACUGAGCCACCCGGAACACUUUUCCCCACAACUCGCCGAUUUUAUAUCGGAAUGCUUAGUCAAGGACAUGAACCGGAGGCCGUUCGCGCGCGAACUUUUGGAGCACCCACUACUACUGGCGGUCGGUAGUUUUGAGGAAAACAUUCGUAGAGAGCUUCGAGCCGAAAUAAAGAGGCAACGGGCCGAAGGGCGGAACUGCCGCGCUCCAGAAGCGACGACAAAACGCGGUAAACUAAAAUCGCACCGUAAAGCGAAGCCAGAGAAAAUGUACACCGAUGACUUGGCCACUCUCGAGGUGUUAACGGAGGAAGCGAUAGUUGAGCAAUUACAAAAAAGAUAUGCUCAAAACCAGAUCUACACAUACAUCGGGGAUAUCGUGGUGGCCGUCAAUCCCUUUACUGAUAUUGGAAUUUAUACAAUGAGGACGCAAGAGAUGUACCACGGCAAGUGUCGCUCCGACAAUCCGCCUCACAUCUUCGCCGUGGCUGAUGCGGCUCACCAAGCCUUAAUGCACCAAAAGCAGAAUCAGGCCAUCGUCAUAUCCGGAGAAAGCGGAGCCGGGAAAACCGAAUCGGCAAAUCUAAUUUUGAAGCAACUGGUAUUUUUAUCAAAGACUCAAAGUGGCAAUUUGCAAGAUAAAAUUCUGCUAGUCAACCCAAUAAUGGAAGCCUUCGGCAAUGCGCGAACCGGAAUAAACGCUAACAGUUCGCGUUUCGGCAAGUACUUGGACCUCAACAUGAUGAGGAUCGGCAAAAUAUCGGGGGCCAGAAUAUCCGUGUACCUCCUGGAACAGUCUAGAGUCGUUCAUCAAGCUCUAGGUGAAAGUAAUUUCCACGUGUUUUACUAUCUUUACGACGGUCUCGAAAGCGAAGGUCGCUGGAGGAAGUUUUAUCUCGAUGAACAAUUAAAAUCGAGACACCGGUUCUUGCAACCGCUUUCGGUCGCCCACAGGGAACAAAACGUUUAUAGAUGGCGUCAAUUAAAUCAGGCUUUCCGGGUAGUCGGGUUUCACGAUGAAGAAGUCCAAGUACUAUACAAAAUGCUGGCCGCCAUUCUCCACUUGGGCGACAUCGAAUUUGCAGAAACAGCAGAAGAUAACACCGACAACAGAGCCACCGUUAUCGAUACUGCGCCAUUACAUAGGGCGUCCCGUCUACUGGGAGUAGACACUACAGAUCUGCGAGAAUGUUUGACGAGCAGUAGUGUAGUUGCGAAGGGCGAAACGAUCGCUCGGCAUUGCUCGCCGGCGGAGGCCGCCGUAGCCCGGGACGCCACGGCGCGGGGCCUGUACGCCAGGGCCUUCGAUAGGAUCGUCGAGAGAAUUAACGCUCUGUUAAGUCAAAAUCGACCGCAGAGUAAUGACCAACUGUCUAUCGGUAUUCUGGAUAUUUUUGGAUUCGAAAACUUUACAAGAAACUCUUUCGAGCAGUUGUGUAUCAACAUUGCGAACGAACAAAUCCAGUAUUACUUCAAUCAGCACAUUUUCACGUGGGAGCAACAGGAGUACAUGGCCGAGGGUGUGCCGGUGGACCUCGUGGAGUUCUCCGACAACAGGCCCGUCCUAGACAUGCUCCUCUCGAGGCCGAUGGGACUGCUGGCGCUCCUCGACGAAGAGAGCCGCUUUCCGCGCUCGACGGACAGGAGCCUGAUCGAAAAAUGUCAUCGUAACAUUAGAAGUAAAUUCUACGUUCGUCCGAAGUCGGACGCGAUAUGCUUCGCGAUCCAUCACUUCGCCGGUCGCGUCGUCUAUCAAGCCGAUGGAUUUUUGGAGAAAAAUCGAAACUUUUUACCACCCGAAGUCGUACAAUUAAUGAGACAGAGUCAAUACGAUGUCAUCAGGUUUCUUUUCCAAUGCCCCGUCACUAAGACCGGUAAUCUGUAUUCCGCUAUUCGAGGGGACUUUAAAACAUUGGACGCCCCGACGUCGGGAGAUUUUCGAGAUCGCUUUAACAGCCGGGGCCUGGCGUCUCAGUCGCGAACUCAGCAAACGGUGGCGACGUACUUCCGAUAUUCGCUGAUGGAGCUGCUGCAGAAAAUGGUCAGCGGGACGCCCCAAUUCGUGAGAUGUUUGAAGCCGAACGACUCCCGAUCGCCGAGACAUUUCGAUUCGGCAAAGAUACUGAAGCAGUUGCGUUACACUGGCGUACUGGAAACUAUCAGGAUAAGGCAAAACGGAUUCUCGCACCGCCUCGCCUUCGAAGAAUUCCUAAAAAGAUAUGGCUUCUUAGCGUUCAGCUAUGACGAGGAAGUGAAGCCGAACCGUGACACUUGCCGACUACUGUUGAUGCGGUUGAGAAUGGACGGCUGGGCGUUGGGGAAAUCAAAGGUGUUCCUCAAAUACUACCACGUGGAAACCCUCGCUAGGAUUUACGAAGAACAGGUGAAGAAAGUUGUGCUAGCCCAGGCCCACGUGCGCGGGUGGCUCGCUCGGCAUCGCUACCGACGACUGCGGGCUCAGAUGGCGAUUUCUGCUCUGACUCUGCAGCGACACGUGCGCGGCUGGCUCACGAGAAAGAGGCUGGAGAAGGAGCGGCAGUUGCUGCUGGCGAGGGAGUUUCAGAGAGAGCAAGAAAAAGCUAAGAAGCAGGAAAAAGGUCUAAUGAACAAAAGUAAAGCAAUGAUGAAAGCGAAGGUGCUCAGACAGAUUACCUCCGAGGAGAAUGGCCACAAAAUAAGCGGUUACAAUAAGGAAAACGUGUCCGACAAGGCGGCCGUCGUCAUACAGAGCCAUUACCGCGGAUACAACACGCGGCGAAAACUGAAGAAAGGCCGAGCGCCGCCGCCCCCGAGUCACGCCGCGCCAGCGCCACCUACACUGAAGUCGUCGAACCACUCAGUGCAGGAACGAGCCGCGCAGUUGCAGAUAUUCGCCGAACGGCUCCACAAUAAGAACCAGGAGGUCCACAAGAACCUGCGUCGCAAUAAGUCCGGAGUUCGGCUAGCUGAUAUAAAGCGACCUCCGGACGAAUAUCGCCCUCCGCCAGGAUUCACCCUCGUGCCUGCUAUUAUACGAGGACAACCGACCGAAUCGGGCGGCGACGCCGGGAGACUUUCCAGAUCAAAUAACCAAAAGUACAACGCCGACGGCCCUCUAAAGAGCGACGAGAAUCGACAAAAUCUGCCUUGCAACAGACAGUGCGGCGGCUUAGUCAGUAAUAAAAUAAUAGAACUGGUGAAAAAGUCGCAGAGGUCCGAUGCCCUUCCGAAGCCGGCGUACAGUCCUGCCUUCGAUCCCGAAUCCGAUUUGAGGAAAAUUCUCAGGAACUCGCCGGAAAUGCUCGCCAAGCCGACGUUCAGCUCGGAUGACGACUACGGACCUUUUCGUUUCAAGCAAUUGCUCAGACCCACCGUCGGGCCGACCGAAAGCCUUCGCAAGAGGAAAGUGAAGAACGCGUCCGGGCAGAGCCCGUGGCUGUCUGACAGCUCGCAGGACAGCACUAGCUCCAAAGAAUUGUUUAACAAGCGGCGACCUCAAAUUAGUAUGGGCGUAUAUUACAGUUAA